AUGUCGUCGCAGAUAUCUGUUCUCACGAGCACGACAAGGCUAACCUGCCGCCGGGACUUCCCCGUUUGGUACGACGCUCUCUACGCCGAAGCCGACGCAGCAGACGUCUGGGAUCUCAUAGACCCAGACGACACUACGUCUCCGUCAGACCCAAGAGAGGACGAUGAAGAACUCUCGAUCGAAUCAUGGAUCACGCAGCAGAACGAAAAGCAGCGUAGAACCUAUGAUCGGAAGCGGAAAGCCUACGAUUCGAUUCUCCAGCAUAGGGCAGAAGCGAGUGACGAUACAGGGGAAGAACUCCAGGAGCCUGUAGCACAACCAACUCUCACGCAAAACACGCCCGGGACCUUUGAAAGAUAUACGAACUACCUCGCUUCAAAAUCAGGCCGCGACGUUAAGGAAACGGUCGACAAGGACAUCCUCUACGCUGCGAGAUCGGAGAUCCUAGCGAACAACCAACGUUCACUCCGUGCUCUUAUUCAGUACCUUCGGAAACGCUACGCUCCAAGCGAAUCAAGCAGUCAAACUACAGUUCGCGAAGAGUACCUUCUCCUCCUGGAAAAGGCCAACACAAGCGUAAACCCCCAGACCUGGCUAAGAGACUUCCAUCGAGUACUGCUCCGCGCGCUUCGAUUCAGAAUACCGGAAAGCCAGGGAACGCUCGCUUCGAAAACUUUUCUUCGAGCGGUGGGACACCGUUUUGCCCCCUCCUGGGCGACCUCCGAGCUCACUGAAAUUGUCAAAAUGGAGCGCAAGGGGGACCGCAUCCCUACUGUAAGUGAAUACAGGGAUAUGCUGGAGGACUUGCUGUAUGAGGACACCCUAUACGACAAAAAUCGGGGUAAAACAAGCGGUGUGUACGCUACCCUUGCCGGUCGCCCGAGCGAAGCAAUCUCAGAUGGAAAAAGCGGUUCGAAAGGAAAAGGCAAAUCCGAAGCGUGCCCCUGCAACAAACCCCACAACGCAAACCCCCUGGAGUGCACCCGCGUGGAGUACGCCCUUACCGGGCGAAUCAAGCCUUCCCAGGACAAACUAUCGAGGGACGAGUGCAAGGAGAUUCGAAAGCGUAUCAAUCAGUCCGAGAACUAUGAUCUCCGAGCCGAAUUAGCUCGGAAAGGCUGGAUCUGGGCGACGGAACCUCCCAGCUUCCGAAACCCAGCGCCGCCUCGCAAUAGGUCGUCAGGAAAUACCGGCUCUAAAGCGAAAUCGCAGCAAGAGGAGAAUGAGUCAGAGGUGACACUGAAGAGAAAUAUCCACGCAGUAACGAUCAGCCGUGAACUUCUCCGGGAAAUUUCGGACGACUUCGACUCGGACUACGACCAACCAAGCGUAUUUGCAACCCCACUGACGGGACCCCAUGUUCUGUCACGAAGCACGGUUCUCGACAACUGCGGAGCUACGCACCUUGUUAACAACCUUGACUUGCUUGAAUCGUCUUCUAUUAAAACGUGCAUCGGCGACGAGAGAGUCGACUCAGGAACUGCUUCGUACCCAAUCCUAGCAAAGGGAACGUGGAUCUUGCCAAAAGCACUAAAUGGCCCUGAUGGAGACCUCACAGCAGACCUUACGCUCCAUAACGUUGGAUACGUAGAGAACUUUCACGUUAACAUCGUUUCGGAAGCACUCCUCCGAAAGACAGGCAUCUGGUACUCCGGAUUGGAUAACACACUUCGCCAGGGAACGUACAAAAACAGCGUGGUAGUCAAGCAUCUUGUUAGGAAGAUGAACAUUACUUUCUUCGAAUAUAAGACCGGUUCCCAGUAUAUUGCUCAGAAGCGAAUUACCUCGAGUAACGCAGGAAUCGUGAACCAUUUGGUGCUUGCAGUACAGGAUCCCGCUCGACUCUCGCUUCGUAAACCACCUGAUAGGUAUGAUGACGCCUGGUUAUGGCACCUUCGUUCGGGUCACCUCGCACCAGACGCACUAGAACGAAUGGUGUCAAACGUGAGAGGAGUAAAGAUAAAAGGACCCACGCGUCUGGAAUGCGAAUACUGCGCGACAGCGCACGCGAAACAGUUAAUUUCGAGGCGAACCUCUGAACGGAAAGCAAUUCGACCGUACUAUAGGGUCUCAUGGGAUCUCUUCGACUACCCGACAAGCUUUGACAAGAACCGCUGGCUCUUAGUGAUCAAAGACGAAUAUACCGGUCGUCUUUUCGCGUUUCCGCGCGUAAGUAAAUCGCACACCUUCGUCUUCGACGCUCUCAGGCACUUCGAACGAUGGGUCGCUCGCCAACGAGGCGUCACCCUGUGCAAGCUGAGACAAGACGUAGAACGCGCGGUAAUUGCGAUAAACGGAAUGACUGAGUAUCAACUUUGGGCCCAGCAUAACGGGAUUGAAAUCGAAGAGACACCCCCCUACACCAAGGAACCCAAUGGCGGAGGCGAACGAGCGGGCCAGGAAUUAAUAACCCGAGCGAUAAAGAUGCUCAGCGCAGCGGGCCUGCCAACUACUCUCUGGGUGGAAGCAGUCAUGGCAGCCGCCUACCUGUACAAUAUGUCACCACGGAAGCGAAGAGCUUGGCUCUCACCAAUUCAAGUCGAAGAGAGCUGGUUCCGACAGUAUUUUCGCUGGUGGCAACCACAAUACAGCGCGAGCCUCGCCCGCGACCUUCGCCCCCACUGGGGCUGGACGUACGCGUAUGGGUGUAGGGCUUAUCCCCUGAAAAAGGACCGCGAAGCGGAUAGGAACAGACGUAACUUCAAGGUGGAACCGCGAGGACAUAUUGGAUAUCUGGUGGGCUACGUUAUGGACGCUCACAACCUAUACAGAGUCUGGAUACCCUCGCUUGAUCAAGUGAUUAUCACGCGAAACGUUACCUUUGACGAGACGAAGUUCUACUCGAAGGACGAUGCAAAAGCUAGUUUACAAGCGGAGGUGGCCGAGACAGUCUCCACGGAGAUCUCGGAACCUCCGGCUACGGCGAACCCAGGACUCCAAUUCCUCGGACUCGCAAAACCAAGCGAACUCGUAUUUUCACUUGAAGAGCAGCCCCUGCCACCUGCCUUCGCGCCGUCGACCGUAAUCUCAGAAGAGACAACGGUAAAACGCUCCGCGGUUAACAGCCGACGCGAAGAGGGCCUGCUCACCCCGGAACCGACCCCUGAGCCGGCCGCAGCGCCGGAGGGGACGGACGGGCAAACGACCGGCCAACAAAGCUCCGAAGCGAUGGACGCCGGCGUUCCCGACCCGGGGCACGAAGCCCUCUCUGAGGCGGUCGAAGACGUGAUAUACGUCAAGACCAACAACGAACCUCCACGAGAACCGGCCGUGGAGGCCGACUCGAGUAAUGAUCUCGGGGGUGACUCCCCAACUCACCCGGUGCGGCCACACUCGGAUAAUGGGAACGGGCGCGAACCCGAGAUAAAGACCAAGCGGGUGUACAACCGCAAGGACUACGGCCAACAACAGGGCAAACCGAGACGAUCACCUCGCUUCGCCCAACACUUCGCAUUCCUACAAACGGAACGUAAUUGGGAAACUUUCUUCCAUACCUAUAUGCCUGAUCAGCAGAAGGCUGUGGAGGAAGCGAACCAAGCCCACUAUACGCUCCAUUGCUUCGUCUUCGCGUCAAUACACCAAGCGAAGCACUCCAGAGCGGUCACUCCACAGCGAGUGAAAAUACACACAGAUGAGCUUAUAAAGCCCCCACGAACGUGGAAAAGUGUUGAAAAAAUGCCGACCCACCUCCGAAACCUGUUUUACGAAGCGGCCCAAGCCGAGAUAAGUAAAUUAGAGGAGAUGGACGCUUGGAAAAUCAUUGACGAACACGAAGCGUCUACGAAACCUAUUCCUCUAAAGUGGGUGUUCACUUACAAGCUUGAUCAAGACGGCUACCUCGACCGCUGCAAGGCACGAAUUUGCGUCCGCGGCGACCUCCAGGCGAAGCAUCCUCUCGAACAGACCUACGCAGCGACCCUCGCAGCAAGGACGUUUAGAGUAGCGAUGGCGCUCGCGGCGGAAUUCGACCUUGAAGUAGACCAAUUCGACGUAGUCAAUGCGUUUCUAAACGCAACAAGAGGACCGAACGACCCGCCUGUCGUCUGCUACCUACCAGACGGCUUCAAACAGAACGGGAAGUACGUCGAGCUCCGCCGUGCCUUAUACGGGCUACGAGACGCUCCCCUCCUUUGGUAUAAGGAGUUCUCAUCAACGCUGCGGCGCCUGGGACUCAAGCCUGCAAGCGAAGACCCCUGUCUCUUUACUUCAAACGACAAGAAAGUGAUGGUACUCUUCUACGUAGACGAUAUCCUCGUCUUAUACCAUAGGGACCACCGCGAAGCUGCUCAAAACGUUAUAAACGGGGUGAAAGCCGAGUAUGAACUCAAGGACCAAGGCCCUGUCGAGUGGUAUCUAGGCAUUCGCGUGAUACGUGACCGUGAGAAGCGAACAAUUAACCUCGCACACGACCAAUAUAUCGAACGCGUAGCGAAGAAAUUCAACCUUAUCGACUCGAUCGUGCCGCAUACACCAUUGCCAUUCGUCCCGCUCCAGAAGAACACCGCUGAAGCGACCCCUGACCAGGUAAAGCAAUACCAAGAGAAGGUCGGCUCAAUUCUGUACACUGCGAUCAUGAUUCGCCCCGACGUCGCCUUCGCUUGCGCUACACUCUCGAGGUUCCUAACGAACCCGUCUCUCGAACAUCAGAAGGCCGCGAACCAAGUCAUUAGAUAUCUUUAUCACACUCGCUACCUUUCGCUCUGCUUCGGUAGCUCGGGGGGUGCAGGUGCCCAAGUUCUCCUAAUUGCGGGCGACGCCUCGUUCGCAGACGACGAAGAGACGCGGCGUUCAUCUCAAGGGUACAUCAUCUCACUGUUCGGCGGUCCCAUUCAGUGGAAAGCCGCGAGACAGAAUACCGUUACCACUUCUACUACAGAAGCGGAACUCCUUAGCCUCGAAAACACUGCUAAGGAGACCAUCGCUCUCAAACGCUUAUUUCGGGAUAUUGAACUAGACCUCGGAGACGUAUGGAAGAUCCAUUGUGACAAUCGCCAAACGAUUCGCCUGGUAGUAGGCGACAAGGAACGCAUCUCAACGCGCCUUCGCCACGUUGAUAUACAGAACAUGUGGCUACGCCAAGAGUAUGCCAAGAAGACGUUCGACGUGGUAUAUAUGCCUACCGACGAGAUGCCAGCAGACGGUCUCACAAAAGCACUCUCCCGAGCGAAGUUCGAACACUUCAGGGCACUUCUAAACCUACAAGACAUUCGGGCACAAGUCACAAGAAGCGAAGAGAAACAGGUGCGCGCGAGCAAUGCUGGCCCGGAGGCCGAAAGUUAA